UCAGGAUCGGGACACACCUACUGCAUAUCUUAGAGUCUGUCGGUUAUUACUCUAUCCUUGGAAAGUUUCCCAGUGCGCCACUACGAAUUAUGCUGUCCACAAUCAAGAGAUUAGAAGUCGUCUAUAACGCUAUCAAUGACAGCAACACUUUUACUAACGGUGAUGUUAUUUCAGGGGAAGUCCGGCUGGAAGCGGAGAAAGACUUCCAAAUAGAGUCCCUGUUCAUUAAAUUCAAAGGGAAAGCUGACGUUUUGUGGUACGAGAGGCACGGACAAACCACGCAUGUAUACAACGCCAAAGACAAGUACUUCAGCGUUAGACAUUACUUCAUCCGAAACAAAAACGACAAAAAGGACGACAGACAGACACUAGUGACAAAUGAGAAUUUACAAACAUACAGCAGUGUUGUUGCCCCAGGAAUCCAUGUCUACCCAUUCAGCUUUCAGUUCCCUUUCCAGGAAUUACCCUCCUCCUUCAAAGGUGCUGAAGGUAAAAUUGUGUACUCGCUGGAAGCCGUGCUGAGCAGAUCAAUGAGGAUGAACACGACACGUUCGAUUAUGGUCAACUUUGUGUCAACGACAAAUGUGAACACUGCAUCUUGGUUACAGACACCGCAGCAUGAGUCUAUGGAUAAGAAAAUGAACGUUUUUACCUCAGGAAGUGUAGCCAUGGAUGUCAAUCUUGAAAAAAUGGGCUUCCAGCAAGGAGAAGGAUUAAAAGUUGUGGCCUUCAUUAAGAACAGUUCAUCUCGUGAGAUCAAGCCCAAGUACUGUUUGUACAGAAAGCACAGUUUCUUUGCAAAAGGGAAAAGAAAGGUCCAUACUAAAGACCUCUUGAAAGAGGUGGGAGACGCCAUCCCUCCAUCUGCAGAAGAAACCGUCAUAAGGGUCAUCACCAUUCCCCGUGACAUGGAGCCCUCGAUCCUCAACUGCAACAUCAUCAAAGUUGAGCACAAACUCAGGGUGUACCUUGAUAUAAAAUAUGGCUCAGAUCCAGAGAUCAAGUUUCCUGUAGUCAUCCUGCCAGCCUUCCAUGCCUAUUCUGCAGUGCCACCACACUAUCCCGCCGCUGCUGCUGCUGCUGCUACCCCCUUUGGAUUCAACCCGAACCCGAACCCUCCAGUGUGGGGUUUUGGGCCACAACAACCAAUAGCAGCUCCCCAACCAUCAGAUCCCCCUCCUCCUUAUGGAACAUAUGCAAUGUACCCUCCGUUGCCGGAUUUUGAGAAUAAAUACUAGCAACAGAUCUGACCAGAUGCUUUGCCAGGAAAUGUUGUGAAAACACCGAGAAGCAUACUGUGGUCAUUAAGAGCCACUCUAGUGUUCGCCAAGCACUUCUGUGGCUAUAGACUAUACCAAAUCCCUAUAGUGUGUGUUUAACUGCCUCGUAUAGGAGUAUCUGCUCCUGAUUGUCUCUUUUUUUAUUUAACACUUCAUAUCUUAAGUGCCUGCAUGUUACAGAAAGACGACUCUGAAUAAAAGGAAAAAAUGUAAAACAUUACUUGUUCCUGUGAUAAGUGCAAUGCUGUUUGACUGGUUUGUUUUACGCCUAAAAACCUUUAUGGAAAGUAAAGAGUAAAAUAUUUUCCAUUCACUGGUUAACAACAUUACAAUAUCAAGCUGGCAGGUAACAUAUUGUGUACUUAAAUUAAAAACUGAAAUAAAGUUUUGUAUGAUAAUAAACUUUUUUAAGGCAAUAAA